UUCAAAACAGAGAGCCGCGAAGAAGAAGAAGGAAUGGAACCAACCAAACCAACAACAUUUUUCUACUUUAUAAACACACUUGCUUUUCUACUAAUGGCGCUUUCUCGAAUCUCCCAUUGAAUUUCCCCCUCCAUUGUUUUCCAUUCCACCCAUUUCCCCUUCUUUCCCUUCAUCCCUCUCCCCUUCUUCUCUCUCCCUCUUUCUCACAGAGUUUGUCUCCGUAAUUGCACAUUCAAAGGGAGAAAAUUCUUCGUUCACUAGCUGCGAUAGCCCAUAGGCGCCUUCUUGGCUUCUUUUAGAGAACCCCAUUGAUCCACUCUCGAGAAAGGUGCUAAUUAUGCCGUCAGGUGUCAAGAAGCGAAAAGCAGCCAGGAAAAAGAUGGAAAAGGAGGCUAAAAUCAGUUCAUCAACAGACGAGGAAUUUAAAAGUCAGAACGGGAGCAACUCUGAGAGUAGGGAGCUCAAUGCCAUUUAUAAUCAGCAUAAUUGUCACGAUCCGCUUGAUGGGGACAAUGAAAGAUUGGAGAAUAAUGAUUCUGAUGCAUCACCAGUUUUGUCUACUGUGGAUGAGGAAAAAUCUCUGGGAACAGGAAGAAUUCAAGGAGCCAAUGAGACUAUCCAUGAAUUUGGAUUUGAUGGCAAUGGUGUUGUUGAAGUUGAGAAGGAAUUAACAUCCACAGAAAAUAAUGCUUGUCAAAGCAUCAGCAUCGAGUUCAUUAAAUCUGGGAAGAAAUAUGAUGAAAGGGAAGACGAGAACUCUAGCAGUAGUUCAGCUAAGGAGUGUAGUAUUACUGACAAGAAAGCGAAAGCCUAUUUGUCAUCUAAUGUUUUCAAUGAUAAGCCUAAUGAAUCUUCACCUGCGACCAUUGGGAUAAAUGAAUCUGCAUCAGUUGGGGAGUGCACCAACUCAUCUGUUGAAACUACUCAGGUUCCUAAUUCAGUUAAUUAUGAGGUCCCUCUGUCUAUAGAGAAAUUUUGCCUCAUGAAAGUUGCAGCUGGUGAGAAUUUAGUGGCUUCUGAUACUGAUGCAAAUACUUUGAUGUCUAACCAAUGCGAUGGAACUAGAGCAUCAUCAUUCACUAAUUUUGAUUCACUACCAAAAGUAAACGGGGGGAAAGUUUUAGCUGUGGCAAUGGAGAAUGAUCAGAUGUCUUCAAGUAUGAAGGAACAAGGGUUCAAAUAUCUGGAAGGAAAGAAGCUUCUUUCUUCAGUUUCUCCUGCUGUUGGUGCUACUGGUAAUAAAGAUGAUGCUAUUUCUAAGGAUUCAGAGAUUCCAAUAUGCUCUAAAAAGCAGAUUUCGGCUUCAGCUCCAUUAAUGUCACAGAGGACCUCUAUAUUUAGUUGUUGUGGAUUGUUUGAUUUGCUGAAGGGCUCCGAUUAAUAAAUUCAGUAAGCUGGAACUGACAUUAUUUUGAACUUCAAACAUAGAAGCAGACCGCCCAGGAGAGUUCCAGUGCACUGAUGAAAUUCAUCAAAGAAGCAAACCUUUUGAUUAGUUUGAAAUUUCUGGUACUUCUCUACAGAUUUAUAGUUGUCAUGUGAUGCUUGAUUUCCUAAGAUAGGACCUAUGUUGAUGGUAAUUUCAUAGUUACCUGGCAGCGUAGUUUACUAUACUUACUCUAUAUUACUUGUAUGAUCAUGUAAACUAGUUCAGUUUACUUGAAUUUCACUAUGAGUGAAGGGCAUUUAAAUGAGUUAAAAAAAUCGCAGCAUUUAUCAUAUUUUUUUUCA